AGUCACUCGUGUCCGGAGAGAUGAGAAUCAUCGGUGAUGUGCGUGUGCACUGGUCUCGGGGAGGACAACAUAAGGUUCAUCCUUCUUUUUAUUGUCUUAGUGGUGUACAUGUUAGCCGGAGCUACGCUCUUUCAACAAUUAGAAGCUGACCUUGAAGUUCGACAGGCGGCAGAAUUUUGGCGCGUUUAUCAUACUUUUCGAAGACAUCACUUGCAACGUAGUCCAGUCGCUUUGCAAAGAUUAGACGAACUGUUGUACGCUUAUGGAAACGCUUCAUCGUCUGGCAUCAUCAACAAGAGUCGCCGAUGGGAUUUUUCUGGAAGUUUCCACUUUGUUAGCACCAUUGUUUCCACAAUCGUCGUCAUGGUGCACUUGAGCGAAGCAACAGCUGAUCUAAUGGACCAGUUGAUGAAAGUAGACAUUUUCCAUCCACUAGAGAAGCUUCAACUGUUGAAAGACGAUAAAAGGACAUUCCUUGAUCCAAAUGUGAUAAUGGAUGAGAGACAUCGAACACUCAGAGAGAACUUUUACGUUCCACCCGCUGAACGUUCCAUUUUAGCGGAAGCCAAGAAGCUGUUCACGGAGGAGGAAGCGAGAGAAUUACAUAUAAAAAAACAACAACGAUUUUUCGACAGAGAAUUAAAAAAAUUUGAAACCGAAUUGUGCAGAUCUCGGCCGAAGUUUUCGAAACCAUACUCGUGCAAGAAGAGAAACUUGGCGCCAUCGGAUGAUGAAAAUUUUUGGGGAGCGUUUAGAAAAAUAAGAAGCAAGACAAGUAGUGUCGAAAAAUCAGAGAAGAACAAAAGAUGUACAGACAGCAUUCGAAAGAAGAGUACGAUAACACAAAUCGUAGAAGACAGAAAUCAAAAGAAAACGGAAUGUGAAGUACCGUGUAUUGGAAGCAUAAAAGUAACCAUCAAAGAUAAACCUAAUUUCGAGUCGCAAGCACAGCGUUUACAUAUUUUAAGAAAGUAUUUCAAUGCGCUGAAAGAAAGUGCUGCGGAAGAACAACGUAUCCGCGAUGUCAAAACAAAGAUCCAACAAAAUAUGAUCUCAAAAUUAACAAGAAAGUAUUUUGAUAUAUGGAGAACACGUACGAAGUGUAGGAAAAGCAUCGAACUGAGAAACCCGCAGCCAAAAGAGAUCCUCGAAGAACGAAGGAUAGAAUUGUUCAUAAACGCUAUUACAGAACGUCAAAGAGAAUUGAUGAAGAAUCGUAUACCAAAGAGCAGAGAUGGUAAAGUGGCUAUAAAAGAAACGAACGGUGUACGUUGGAAGAAGAAAAACAUGCACCCUAAACACGGUAUCGUGGAGUCACCAGCGCAAAACCGAUUGAAUGCACAGAAACGGAUCAUAGAGAAGCAGAGGGCUAAAUUAAACGAACAGAACAGGAUUAUCGAGGAGUUGAAAUUGAAACAGAUGCAAGAGGAGAUAGCUAGAGCGAGCAAGGAGACAGUGGACAUGGCGAAAGAAACUCUCACGCACCUGGGUCAAAGGACAAGAAGAACUUUGAUUCAUUUGAUGCACCAAUCGGGCUACAGAGAUGAAAGUUUAACGGCACCUCGACCACCACCGGUUCCGCCAAAAUUUCUGUUAAGAAUGGAAGCUCGAGCAGAGGACAGACGGAAAAGAGUUAAACUGGCGGAAGAAGAGCGCAGGAAGAGAGUGGAGGAGCAGAGAAGAAAGGAAGAAGCUACCAGAAUGAAGGAGGAACAGACGAAGAGAAGAUUGCAACGAGAGGCAUUAGCCGAGGAGAGAAGAUUAAGGAAAGAGCGCGAAGAACAUCGGCUACGUGAAAUCGAAAGAUUUCAGAAAUUAAACGACAUAGCAGAUGAGUUUUACAGAAAGUGUUUGUCGAGACGCUUUGCGAUAGAACCGUUGAUGGAACUCGUAGAAUUAAAAAGGAAAAAUAUGAAAAAAGCUGAGGAUCAUUAUCGAGAACGAUUGAUAAGGAAGAUAUUUACAGCUUGGAAAAGAGAAACUGAAACUCAAUAUACGAUUAAGAUUGAAAUCGCUGAAACGGUUUAUAAUAAAAAUCUAAUCGCAAGGAUGUUCGAAGAAUGGAAGGACGUGGUCAAAGAAACAAACCUGAAGCAUCAGGUUGCAACAGACUUCCAUGACAUGAAACUUUCAGAGAAGUACUUUAAAUUAUGGCAAGUAAGGAUUCUUGAACUUAAAACGGAAGAGGAGGAGAAAAACGAGAUAGCUUAUAGACAUAAUGAAAAUCAAUUGAAAGCAAGAUACUUCAUCGUUUGGAAGAAAUAUAUCACGAUCGCGGCGGAUAUUAGAGAAAGCGAGAAAAGAAAAGAGGAAUUACGACAAUUAGUACAGAAAGUGAUUCCUGACUUUGAUCCUAAACAGAGGGGUGUAGCAUUAGAAGAUUAAAGUUAAUUCGUGAUACUGAAAAUAGAAUACAA